AUGGCUUAUCAAACCAGUCCUCUGUACGAACAAACUAAAAAUGAAAUCAUCCAGCUGUUUAUAUCACCCAAUCUAUAUUCAGUAGAUGGCGGCCUUACUCUAACUGAAUUGUGUCGUGAAUAUUCCAAACGCUACGAAGAUCGUAAUAUUCCUCACCAAGAAUUAGGAUUUGAAACAUUAACACGUCUGUUGAAAACUAUGGGAGAUGUUAUAAAACUGAACUACGAAGAGUGGCCAGCAAAAUGUUAUUUAAUUUCAAAAGCGAAUGAAGAAGAAAAGAAUGAGAGCAGUCAGAAAAAACUUUAUGAAGAAACGAAAAAUAAACUGGUUCAGUUACUGACGUCUUCGCCUCUCCUUUCUACUGACGGUGGUCUUACUCUAACAGAAUUAUGCCAAGAAUACAAACGUUGUUAUGGAAAUGCUCAUAUUCCUCAUGAAGAAUUUGGUUUUGAAAAACUUACACGAUUUCUAAGAUCUAUGAAAGAUUUGAUACGAAUGAAGAAUGAUGAAACGCCGAUGCGAUUGUAUUUAGCUCCGAAAGUUGAGCAAGACGAGAAUCGACUAAGAAAAGUGAGUAUGACUACAAAAAUAUUGUAA